UAAACACAGCUGCUCACCGAGCACACAGACAUGGACUGUACCACUGCCGAAGCAGGGGAGAGCAGCCACAGGUAGUUCCCCUCCCCGCCUGUUCUCUUGGUCGAAGGGACACCUUCUGGGCACUUGGAGGAUAAGACUGAGAUGCAAAAUGCAUCUGGAUGGGAGGCAAGCAAGAGGUUCUCAGGCACCUUGGGCAUCCCGAGGAAAAGGCAGGGGCCUGAGCUAAAGGGGACCCACUGAGGGAGAAGGUUUAGCAGGUGCCCUGAUAUUGUGCCAGGUCUGAGCCUGGAUCUAAGGAGGGAGGCAGAGCGUUGGAGUUGGCAGGGUGCCGCUAGGAGGAGUUGGAGGCAAAGACUGGGUCCCAUGGCUGCAAAACUCUUCAGUGUUACCCACAAUGUGGAAACCUUGUGUUCAGCUGGACCAUCCCAGCGGACUUCGAUACACUUGAGGCUGCACAAGCACUUCUUGCUACUGCUGCUCUUGUUCCCAGACCUACCUGCAGCUUCUUACAACUUGAAACCAUCCCUGCCCCCAAUUAUAAAAAACAACCCUUUCCUAGUGACCUGGAAUGCACCAACUGCUCGGUGUUCAGCAGCCUAUGAGGUUCCCCUGAACCUAGACUCCUAUGGCAUCCUGGUGAACUCCCAAGAAGCCUUCGCUGGAGGGAACAUCACAAUUUUCUACUAUGAUCAGCUGGGCUUGUAUCCUUAUUACUUGGACACAACGGUGCCCCCCACUGCUGUUAAUGGGGGCUGCCCCCAGAACUCCAGCCUGACAGAACACUUGGACAAAAUGAAGAGCGAUAUUGGGAACAUCAUACCUUCAGAAUCCUUUGCAGGCCUCUCUGUGAUUGACUGGGAGCACUGGAGGCCUCAGUGGAUUCGGAACUGGGAUAAGAAAAUGAUAUAUCGGAACAUGUCGCUCCAGCUUGUCAGGAAAUGGAGCCCCAAUUUGUCUGACCCACAGGCAGAAAUGAAGGCCAAGUGGGAAUUUGAGACAGCUGCAGAGAAAUUCAUGUUGGACACCCUCCGGCUUUCUCAGUCUCUGCGGCCCAAUGGCUGGUGGGGCUACUAUCUCUUCCCAGAGUGCUACAACUACCAGUACUUGGAAAACUUUGCAAACUUCACAGGGCACUGCCCCCCAUUGGAGGUGGAGCGCAACAAUAAGCUGAUUUGGCUUUGGGAGAACAGCAAGGCCCUCUAUCCUUCCAUUUACAUGGAGGAGGUCCUGAGAACUUCCCUCCAAGGGAAGAGAUUUGUGUGGGCCAAAAUGGGUGAAGCCAUGAGAGUGGCUGAACUGCCAUCUACCCAGCAUUCCUUGCCUGUCUUUGUGUAUGCCAGGCCAUUCUAUACCUACACACUGAAGGAGCUGACCCAGACAGAUUUGGAGUACACCAUUGGGCAAGCAGCUGCCAUGGGAGCACACGGCAUUGUACUCUGGGGAGAUGCAGACUAUUCUCGCAACCGGACCAACUGCUUAAAGAUUCAAGAGUAUUUGAUGAGCACCUUGGGCCCUUACAUUCUCAAUGUGACUACAGCAACCAAACUUUGCAGCCAAAACCUCUGUAAUAACCAUGGCCGCUGUGUUCGCAGAAAGAUGGACUCAGACAGCUAUUUGCACCUCAGUCCCAGUUCCUUCCAGAUCCAGACCAGCAUGGAGGGCAAUCAAACCAAAGUAUCAGUGACAGGAAGCUUGACUCCUCAGCAAAAGGACAAGAUGUGGCAAGAGUUCACCUGUCACUGUUAUCUGGGCUGGAGUGGGGAAAGCUGCUCUUCUCGAGGUCAAGGCUUGAGACUGCAAACAUGCAGCUUCUGCAUUCCUGGGAUGAUUCUUGCUGUGCUAUCGAUGUGGCAUUUAUGAGCCACUUGGACCGGUUGCUAUAAAUCUGUGUGAAGCCAGUGGUGUGACGUGAGCCCCACAUCCCGCUGUAUGGUGGAGAGAAGGGAAGGGUAAUGCAAGCAUGGCGUUUGGUGACAAAAGUCUUGUGAAGUGUUCUGUGAUUUCCACUGGCCUCCCGGGAUGUUCUCUUCUUGUGGUGUUUCACUGGAAAAGUCAGCAAGUGUGGAUUUCUCCUCAGCAACAUCCAUAAACCUAUGCAGGAUUUCUAUUCUUCCAAUACACAGAAGAUUUAUCCCCUCGCCCUUUUAAGUUACGUAUCUCUCUUCUCACCAGCAUCUUUACUACUCAGUGGUCACAUUUUCCUGAACUGUGACAAGAACAGUCAUUUUCUAUUUUUUUUUUAAAGAAAGUAAAAUGUAUUCAGCCAGGAUUGAGUAUUUAUGACAGCUAACAUAGCAAUGCAGUCAUUUUUACAGCACUAUACUCGACUUAAAGAAAUAAUUUAUAUGCAAACCGUUUCCACUUGAAACAAUUAUGUGUCCUCUGAAUGUGAUUAGUACUGUUUAACUGGAGUGUGUGUGUUGUACACAAGCUACCUCUCUUAUCAAGGCGGAGAGAUUUUUUUUUCCAAAAAAUAAUUUUUAAUUAAAUAUUUUUCAUGUCACACACA